AUGGAGAACCCUGAGAAAGACAUAAGACUCAAGAGGGAGCUGGCAAGGCGGGAACGCUAUGAUCGUUUAUUGGAGGCUGUCCUUGAGUAUGAGACCAGACAGGACGUGUCGCUAAUGCGCACCUCACUGCACGAGUCCUUUCCCGACAUCAGCAUUGAGACACGAGACGGCCUGCGAAACCCACACAGUGUGAUGGCAUCGGACGCGGCGCGGCGUGACAAGUCACUCGGAAUUCUCAGUCAGAAAUUCCUCAUGUUGUUCCUCGUGUCAGAGGUGGGUCGCUAUAUGUUCCGUGUUGUUCCUCGUGUCAGAGCUCAGUUGCUCUAUGUUCUGUGCAGAUCCUCAUGUGAGAGGAAAGUCGCUCCAUGUUUUGUGGUGUUCCUCAUGCCAGAG